UUCCCUUUUACUUCUCUCUCUCGCUCUCACUCUCUCUCUCUCUCUUUGUGCCGUCCUUGUUUUCAUGGUGUUGCUGCCAUGGCCGUGGAGCUCAUGCUGGGUUACCGGAACGACACGACCUUCUCAACCAUGAUGGAGGAGACCGCGGUGAAGGAGGCCGCCUCUGGCCUCGAGAGCGUCGGCAAGCUCAUCAAGCUCCUCUCUCACUCUCAGAAACGACACGCGCCCGCGCAAGAGGCCCUCGACCCCCCGCCGUUGGACCUGGAGCGAGACUGCCGGGCCGUCGCCGACGACGCCGUCUCCAAGUUCAAGAAGGUCAUCUCCCUCCUCGGCCGCACCCGCACCGGCCACGCCCGGUUCCGCAGGGCCCCGGUCCAACCCGCCCCGGAGAAAUCGUCCAACCAGCACCACCACCCCCAGCACAAGAUUUACUACGCCACCCCGAUCCAGCAGAUCCCGCCGUCCCCGGCGCCGGCUCCCGGGCCGGCGCUCCCUCACGGCCACUAUGGCGGCUCGGCCGUGAUCUCGAAGAGCAACGGGGUGAUCGGCGAGAGGAGGGACUCGUCCACGACGAUCAGCUUCUCGUACGCCCCCUCGGACGCUAGCAACCCGUUCGGGUCGUCGCUGACUGCCGAAAAUAUUAACAGCAACGUUAGCUACAACAAUGUGAAUGAGCGUCACGUUGUCAUGAAGCAGCAACAGUGCUCCUCCUCGUCGACUUUCCAAAUCACGAGCUCCUCCGUGAGCGGGAAGCCGCCGCUGUCGUCGUCGUCGUCGCUGAAGAGGAAGUGCAGCUCCGAGACCUUGGGCUCCGGCAAGUGCGCGUCGUCCUCCGGCCGGUGUCAUUGCUCCAAGAAGAGGAAAUUGAGAUUGAAGAGGGUGGUGAGAGUCCCGGCGAUCAGCCUGAAGAUGGCCGACAUUCCGCCGGACGAGUACUCUUGGAGGAAGUACGGUCAGAAGCCCAUCAAAGGCUCUCCUCAUCCUAGGGGUUACUACAAGUGCAGUAGCGUCAGAGGAUGCCCGGCGAGGAAGCAUGUUGAGAGAGCGUUGGACGACCCGGCGAUGCUCAUCGUCACCUAUGAGGGAGAGCACAACCACUCUCUCUCCGUGGCCGAUUCGACCAGCCUCAUCCUCGAGUCAUCUUGAAAUCUAAUUCUUCAAAGGAAGGUGGCAUGUUGUGAGAAAGCAUUCUAAACAACGAGCCCUAAUCAAGUCGAUUGGAACCCGGGCUAAUAUAUAUAGAGUACAGCUGAUGUGCACCGUCUUUCUUUCCCGUCCCCUCCCAACUCGCAAGACGGACGUGACCACCUAAUAUUGCUAUGAGGAGGAGAUGCGGUCAUUCGAAGAUGAAAUUAUCGCAUCGGAAUAUCGUCCCUUUGGGGGUUUAGUUUAGUGAACCAUCUUAAUCCAUCGAAAAUUUGAGUGGAAAAGAAAAUGGAACCCAUGAAAAGAAAAAGAGGGUCAUAAAAUCUCGAAGGAGAGACUUGUGGGUUGGUUACGUUAGUCAAAUUAGUGCAAAUCCUUCAAUUUCAUUGUACAAUGUCUGAACUGAAGUCAUUUCUCUUGAGCCUUAA